AUGUACCAUCCGCUCGAGUACAAAGCGCGACGCCAAAAGACAUCGCGCAGUGCAGAUCCCAAGAGCAGCGACACGAUCGAAGCCUCCCCAUCGACCCCGACUAAGCCACAAGCCAUAUUUGAUUGGUGGCAUUCGGCGAGAUCUGGCCAUAUAUCUACACUGGAGAGCAUGUUGACCAUGGGUUUCGACAUGAAUUCUCAAGCAUCAGACCGUAAUACUGCACUACAUUGCGCCGCUCAUGGAAGUCAACUAGCGGCCGUAGAGUCCCUGCUCCACAAAGGUGCCAGCCUCAACCUUCUCAACAACCGUGACGAGACAGCUCUUUUCGAAGCUGCAGUGGGCGGAUCGUCGGAGUGUAUCUCGAGGCUGUUGGACGCAAAAGCGACUAUCAGCCACUUUUGCCAACAUUAUAGUGCGACUCGACUGUGCUUUGCAGAUCACGUCAUUCGGAUCGGCGACAUAUCUCUUGUAGAGACUGCCAUAAGAGCGGACAGCUUAACGAGAUAA